AUGGAUGCUAGAGCGAUAGAAAAUCCAGGAGUUGGUGCUGGGGUUGCAGGGGAACCCAGAGUCGAUGUUAGACCUGUAGAGGACCCUAGAAUGGAAGCGGUCAUGAGGACCCUAGAGCAGAUUGCUGCCGAGGCCGCUGCGGACGCUGUUGCUAAUAAUAAUGGAAAUCAAGGGCAGGGGCAAGUGAAUGUGAAUAGACCAAUGCACCAACUGGUCGAGCAGUUUAUGAAGCUAAAACCGCCUAAGUUCUCUGGGAAAGGUGAUCCUGAGGCUGCACCUCGAUGGGUAGAAGAACUCGAGAAAGCUUUUGAGGUGUUAGAGUGUACUGAUAACGAGAAAGCCAUCAAAGAUAGGAUAUUUCCAGAGGGUACAGCCCGGACUUGGGCUGCCUUUACUGAAAGUUUUUAUGAGAAGUAUUUCUCAGCCAGUGCUAGGGAGAGAAAGCUCGCAGAGUUUAUGAGACUCCACCAAGGUGAGAUGACAGUAGAUCAGUAUGAGGCAGAAUUUGCGAGGUUGUCUAAAUUUGCGCCGAGAAUGGUGGAGCAUCCCGAUGAUAAGGCGCGAAGAUUUCGGGAUGGAUUGAAGGCUGACAUUCGCAGCCAGUUAUUACUGGUAAAUCUGAGGACGUAUGAAGAGAUAUUUGAUAGGGCCCAAAUUCUUGAGUGA